UCAGGUGUAAGAGGAGCAUCUCAUCCCAGUAGUAGGAUGGAGCCAGACACAUAAGUGAGACCGAGAGGCUGGAGGGAGGCACACUGUGUGGUCAUCUGGAGAUACAACAUCAGCUGUGGCUGCGAGGACAAGAGGAGCGCAGCCUCUCCAUCACAGGGAGCAGAAUCGGGUUCUCUUCUCACUUUAAAGGAGUGUUUUUGGAUUCCAUGCAAUUCUUUCAAGAUGAUGUCAAUGAACAGCAAGCAGCCUCAUUUUGCCAUGCACCCGAGCUUACCUGAACACAAAUACACCUCUCUACACUCCAGUUCGGAAGCAAUAAGAAGAGCAUGUUUGCCAACUCCACCGCUGCAGAGCAAUAUCUUCGCCAGUCUAGACGAGACCCUCCUUGCCCGUGCAGAAGCUUUAGCUGCGGUUGACAUCGCAGUGUCCCAGGGCAAGACUCACCCUUUCAAGCCUGAUGCCACCUACCACACGAUGAGCAGCGUGCAGUGCUCCUCCAACUCCACCGUGCCGCUUGCUCAUCACCACCAUCACCAUCAUCACCAUCACCACCAGGCUCUGGAGCCCGGAGACCUCUUGGAUCAUGUCACGUCCCCGUCUCUCACGCUCAUGACCAGCGCAGGACAUGAAGGAGUCGGAGGUGGUGGAGGAGGCGGAGGGGGAGGUGGUGGUGGAGGUGGAAGUGGCGGCGGAGGUUUAAUUUCCACCUCAGCCCAUCCGCAUAGCCACAUGCAUGGCCUGAGCCACCUUUCCCACCAGGCGGCCAUGAACAUGACCUCUGCACUCCAACACCCUGGGCUUGUGGCUGCCCACCAUGGACCUGGGGGGCAGGUGGCCUCAGCCGUUGGGGCAGCAGGUUUAGCCUCAAUCUGCGAUUCGGAAACUGACCCCAGGGAGCUAGAAGCCUUUGCAGAGAGGUUCAAGCAGAGGAGGAUCAAAUUGGGGGUAACUCAAGCGGACGUGGGCUCAGCUUUGGCUAACCUAAAGAUCCCAGGGGUGGGAUCCCUCAGCCAGAGCACCAUCUGCAGGUUUGAGUCUCUUACCCUGUCCCACAACAACAUGAUCGCCCUUAAGCCCAUUCUCCAAGCCUGGCUGGAGGAGGCGGAGGGGGCCCAGAGGGAAAAAAUGAACAAACCAGAACUAUUCAAUGGGGGGGAAAAGAAACGUAAGAGGACUUCUAUUGCUGCUCCAGAGAAAAGGUCUCUGGAAGCUUAUUUCGCUGUUCAGCCCAGACCAUCCUCGGAGAAGAUAGCGGCCAUUGCCGAAAAACUGGACCUCAAAAAGAACGUGGUGCGGGUUUGGUUCUGUAACCAGAGACAAAAACAGAAAAGAAUGAAGUUUUCUGCAAAUUACUAGCCCCCCACCCCCCUUAAUAUUUAUGUAUUUAUUAAUUUAUGGUUUGAGUUUUAGCAGUUUACUUUGUCAGCCGGUUGGAGGGAGGACUCUAGUUAAACUUGAGAUGAUCUCCAAGAAUGGGACAUGAAAAGAAAACAAAACGUUAUAAUAAAAAUAAUUUAAAAAAAAAAAACAUAAAAAUAGUAUAUUUAUUGCCGGGACCAAUGGACAAUAUACAAACGAAUACAAACUAUGUUACAAAUUAACAAAUUAGGAAAUCAUCUGAAUAAAUCUAGAUCUAAUCUUGACAUUCGAUCAGAAAAGAUGUCCAAGGACAAACUGUCCUGUUCAGGAAGGACAAGAAGUAGCUAAAAAUGUUGGUGUCGGUGACCUUGUAAAAUGAACAGUAUUUUCUCAGCUCUGUUAUGUGUUAUUAACCCCUACUGUCCCUUUUCUGUUUUAUGUUGCUGGUCUCUGUGAGGUCUAAAAAAAUACAAUAUGCGGCUGGUAAAACCGCUUUAAGGCUUGAUCUCCAAAGCUUAUUCCUAAACACUUCUGAAUUAGCGCUAACCAAAGCCUCUCCAGUUAUCUCGCUGGAGGCUAAUGCCCCUCAAAAUAUUUUACUAAAAGAUCGAUUUUACUACAAAUUGUAUCGCCUCUUAUCAUUUUCUAUUUGACAUCAAUAAUUCUAGAAUGAGGUAUUUGCCAUUAGGAACUGAAUAGACAUAACGAAUAAAAAUAACAUAAUGUAUACAGAUAAAGGGCCUGCAUGUUACAAUUUAUUCAUUUUGUUUUAAUCAUUAAAAUUGGGUAUAAAAACUGAUUUAUUUGUUAAGAAUUUGCACUAUGUUAUAUCAGUAUUUCAGACUAGAAAUAUAUCUGUAACUCCAGAAGCUGGUUGUCCUGUGAGAACAGAAUCUGUCUUUAUAUCAGUGUCCAAGGGGCCCCUUGUUUGAAGAAACCUUUUGUACAGUAUGUGAUUAAAAAACCCACUACAACCCAAUCAUCGCCCUAAGGUAACAAAAUAAAAAGAUGAAGUAUGAGAAGUGGGGAUUAGGGGAUUUUAAUCAUUUUCUAUUGUUUUCUGUUUCCAGUUUGCAGAGCAAACCUUCUAUGCAUUUAAACCCAAGCACUACAUAGAGUAGUUUCUUGUAGACUUUUGUGCGUGCUGUGAUUUCACUGUUUUUGGCUGUCUUCACCCACACCAUUUAAAAAAAAAUCUAGAAAAAAAAAUCAUUAAUGUCCAGUAAUUGUGUAAUACAGAGCAAAAUAUUGUAAAUAAUUUAUUUCAUGCACAAGAGAAUUAAUAGUGUGUGAUACCACCAGUAUUAAUAUAAAACAUUUUUCCAACUUCGUUAUUUUUUGUACCUGUUUUAAAUAUGUUGAUUUUUUGGUCAUUAACCCAUUACGUUCUGUUGUUAUGAACCAGCUGCAAUAGGAAGAUGUGCAACAGUGACAAGCUAACUGUAAAUAAAUGUAAAGUUCUAAACAUAA